AUGCGUUUUCAAAUAGCUGUGGCAGCUAUCGCGCUGCUAUCUGACGCUGUUGCAGACUCGCACGACUACUGUGCUUGUCAGCAAUGGACCCACGGUCCGGUCGACCCCGUAGCGACAGCCAAGGUUGCCUCGGAACCCUGUUUCGGCUAUGUCUGGGGUCCAUCUGAACAUCUGGCGGAUUCUACAACAUCUUGGUUUGCCCACAGCCCUGGGCCUCCUAAGGAUGGAUCAUACCUACAAAAUAUGAUUAAGAAGUGGAAGAUUGACGGAGAUCAAUUCCACUCACGGUGCCGCGAUGCGGGAGCGGAGGACAGCAUUUGCUAUUCGUGCUCAGAUCUUCAAUUCGGUUCACCCAUCCUCGUCACUGGGAUCUUCAAUUCCUGCUUUUUGGAUCAGAUGGACAUCGACGACGAUCUUGAAUGGAGAGAUGAGGAGAGGAACACCGAAGCCAUGGACUCCGAUCUCGACUCUGCAAUUGAGGACAUGGAGCCCCCUGCACAGCCCGAUCUCCUCUCGAUAACGUCGAGCAUUUUCGAUUACCGGUUCGAAAACGAUAGAUCGUACCACUCGAUGAGCGAAGGCAAAUAUGCGUAUCCAAAUGAUGAUAUGGAGCUUGUCCGCUACGAUCUCCAACAUCAUCUUUGGUUGAUAACCUUGGAUGGGGAAUUGGCCACUAGCCCUGGUAGAGAGACUGCAAAGCGAGUUUUGGAUCUGGGUACCGGAACUGGUAUCUGGGCUAUUGACUUUGCUGAUGCAUAUCCAAAUUCCGAGGUCAUCGGUGUAGACCUGAGCGCGAUCCAACCUGACCUGGUUCCUCCCAACUGCAGUUUUGAGAUAGACGACCUUGAGCUUGAUUGGCCCUGGGACCGUCCUUUUGACUACAUUUUCAACCGAUCAUGUGCUGGCAGCUGGUCCGACUUUCGAUCCAUGAUUCAAAGAGCAUACGACAAUUUGGAACCUGGCGGCUAUUUCGAGAUUCAAGACCUCGAACUGCCAUCGUACUGCGACGACGGCUCGGUGCCGCCGAAUGCUGCCCUCUAUCGCUGGCAAAACGCGCUUAUCGAAGCCUCCGACGAGGUGGGCCGGCCUAUAAACUACGCUCGCGACUGUCUAGACGAUCUUUCCAACGUGGGCUUCGUGGAGAUACACCACCAGAUUCUCAAAUGGCCGUUUAAUAACUGGCCUGACGACCCGAAACUCAGAGAGAUUGGUCGCUGGAACUGCGCGAAUCUGGACAUGGGUCUCGAAGCCUUCUCUUUGGGCCUGUUGACGAGGGUGAAGGGCUGGACCCGGGCUGCCGUUGAGGAACUAUGCGGUGAGGUCAAGAUGGAGGUGAAGGAUCGGAGGCUGCAUGCCUACUGGAGACAACAUGUCAUUUAUGCGCGCAAACCUGACAAGCCGUCAAUACAAUAG